GCCUUUCACCCUUACUACCCACAGGAUAUCAUCCUCUCUGGCAAGAGCUUUGAGCCAAAUGAAUUGACUGUGACUACCCUCAUCAUAGGUUUCGCAACCGGCUUGACAUUAUUGCUGGGGUCGAUCUUAUUGCUUGUUCGAAGAGUUCACCCAAGGCUACCUACUACCGAUGUCGGCUUAGUCCUAUGGUUUGUUAUGUCGGGUACAAUACAUUUGUUCUUUGAAAGCUUCUUUGUGCUCCAUAAUUCGCAAAUCGCAGGCAUGCAAACUUUAUUCGCCCAACUAUGGAAGGAGUAUGCUUUAUCUGAUUCAAGAUACAUGUUUUCGGAUCCACUGGUUUUAUGUAUGGAGACAUGGACAGUGAUUAUCUGGGGUCCGUUGUGUCUACUGACAGCGGUCUUCAUAACAAAAUCCUCGCCAUACCGUCAUCCGAUCCAAGCUUUAGUGUCCACAGGUCAUUUAUAUGGGAAUCUUCUGUAUCUCUCGACGAGCUUGUAUGAAGAUUUCUAUAUCUCAAAGCAGUACUAUCGUCCUGAACCAUAUUACUUCUGGGUCUACUUUGUCUGCUUCAACUUACCUUGGCUCGUUGUGCCGGCUAUGUGCUUAUAUAGCAGCAUCAAAAAGUCUGCUAGAGCAUUCGAAUUGUCU